AAUCACUCGUGUUCGGACCAGCAUGAAGAGAAGACCAAAAAGCGAAGGCAGCAUUGCCACGAGAGGCCGCGUGGCUACGACGACGACGCCGGCAAUCUUUCCGGUGACAACGCCGGUAUCCUCCUCGGCAACGAAGCCGGCAUCUUUCUCGGCGACGACGCCAGCAUCCUCCUCGGCAACGAAGCCAGCAUCUUUCCCGGCGACGACGCCGGCAUCCUCCUCGGCAACGAAGCCGGCAUCUUUCCCGGCGACGACGCCGGCAGCCUUCCUGGCGACGACGCCGGCAACGAUGCCAACAACCUUCCCGGCGACGAGGGCCGCAUCGGGAAGAAUAAAACAGGUAAAAUAGUUACACACGCAU